CAGUUCGCCUCUUCCAUUUUUCCAUUUUUGUCUAGGGUUUCAGCAACCUCCUUCAUCCUCAGAGAUCUCGAUCUCGAUCGCUCCUCUCUAGGGUUUCAUUCUUCAUCUCUGAAGAUCUCGAUCGGCUCUCAGACAUCGCUUUCACCUCCCCUGCUCCUUGUUCCGCUAAGUUCACAUUUACCUACAGGAAUGACGAGUAAUAAUAGAAACUAUUGAGGAUGGAGUAAACUUGAAGAUCAAAAGCUUGUUGAGGCUUUAGUAAACAUGGUCAACACUGGAAGAUAUAAGUCGGAUAAUGGCUUUAAACCAGGUUUUUUACAACACCUAGAAGCUUGCUUGAAAGAAUCACUUCCAGAAUCGGGCAUUUUGGCUAAACCUCACAUUGAAUCUAGAAUGAGGACGAUGAGGAAAGAUUGGCAAGCCGUUUAUGAUUUGUUAAAUACUAGUGGAUUUGGCUAUGACAAAGAACGUAAUUGUGUGACCACUAAUGCUCCUGGAGUAUGGGAUGCUUAUCUUGAGAAUCAUAAACAUGCGGGUAAAUGGAAAGAAAAAAGUCUUCCGCACUAUGAAGAAUUGUGCAUUAUUUUUGGAAAAGAUCGAGCUCAAGGCAAUAGAGCCAAAAGCGUGGUCGAGAUGGAACAAGAGGUGAAUAUGGAAGAACAAGAGAACCAAAGGGAUGAUGAUUUUGGUGAACAUAGCCAUAAUGAAAAUACAAAUGCAAGUUCUCAAUUUGAAGAAACUUCAAGUGGCCGUAGUAAGAAGAGGAAACGCACUAGCCAAGUCAAUACUUUAUUUCAAGGUUUCAAUGAUGCGGUUGUUCAAUUUGGUGAUCGUCUUAAAGAGACUUCGGCCGAGUUGAGUGAAGACAUAAAAUUUGAACUUGACAUAAAAAAGAAAACUUUGAUGAUCCCUUCCGAGCUUUCAAAAAUGACAUCUUUGAAUCAACUGGAAAGGUUUACGGCAAUUGAUAUAAUAAAGGAUGACCAAAAUAGGGUGAUGACGUUUUGGACUUUGGGUGAAGAAGAAAGGGAGGCUUGGGUGAGGUUUAUGUUGUCUAAGUUUGGCUAAGAAACUUGUUUAAAGAAUUUGAAGUAGUAUUUACAUCUUGGAACUAACUCUAGUUGUAUGUUUGAGUUAACUUUUAGUCGUAUGUUAAACA